AUGGCAGACCGAUCAGCGUCAGAAACUAAACCAAAAUGCACCCCAGCUGAGCUCAUGUUGAAGGUCAUCCUGACGGGAACUUUGAGCCACUAUGAGACUCGUGGGAUGAUUGACGAUAAACGCUUGGAGCAUAUGCUAUCUGCUGGGAAACAGAUCCUCUACAAAACACAUCAGGAGAGCGACGUCAGACACAAUUUGGGCUUAUCCCCGGACAUUUGGCAAGGCUUUACGGAUGUACUGACGAAGGCGAUACCGGUUCUGGAAUCACAAUCAUUUGCUUGGAAGAGCCCUCCGUCCGCGAACUACGAACACUCAUCCUCAAAUCUCAUCGCAUACAACUACUUCUCCCUCGUCAAAGACAUCGAGCGCUUGAACGACCUGUGCACUAUAGCUCGGAACCUUCUCGCCACAACGAAGAAAGCGCAGAAUAUUGCGGCGGAGAAAGGUUUUGAUCAAAGGAUUUUGGCGCUGGUGGAUACUUGUGUUAGAGUCACAGCGCGGGGGUUUGACGGAGAGACAAAUGCGAGAAAUGAGGAGCGCUGGCAGAAAGUGGUCAAUCUAUAUAAGCGAUUAUUGAUCACAUGUCUUCAAUUCCUGCACAAUUUUAUCAUGCAUAAUGAGCAGCGGAAGAUGGUCUUGUGGUUAGAUCUGUUCGGCUACCAUUCGACUGGCGACUCCAAUAUCAUUCAACCUAGAGAGCCACUUGAUCAGGCUAACGCUCAGGCUGAGGGGGUGGCACCAAUCGUCAAGAUUGGGGAGAGGAUUGUGAAUCCCCCGAUCAGGGCUCUAUACGAUCAGACAGCGGAAGAUUUGUUACUGGAAACCAUCUCGAAUUUCCCACGGGAUCCCGCGACAAUCAAAGAAGAAGCAGCCAUGCUACUCCUCGCCAACAUCAAAGACCACAUGGAGAAACUUCUUGGGCGAGACCUUACGGCCAUUCAAGAGAUGGGCAAGGAUCCGGAGCAGGUGAAGGAGAUUCGAGCCGCCUUGACUGCUAUUCUUGGAGCCAAGGUGGAUGGUUGGUCAGAUCUCCAGGAUAGAGCCAGGGACCUUCCGCCUGCACUCCCCGAAGACGAGCCGCCGAGGAAAAAGGCAAUCCUGACGAUAGACCGCAGCCAAACCGCCGGUUUUCCUCGCAUUUGCUGGGCUGACUUACCCGACCUCAACGAAUACGGCGCACUGGCAGCAGGCGAUGCACCAAUAACGGAGGAAGACACAAGCAUGCCCCGAUCUGCUCAAUCUGCGGCCGAGACCUUGCAAGAAGCCAAGGACGAGUUGAUGGCUCGAUUGCAGGAUUCAUCCCAGAUUGCUGAUCAUGGCGACCAAGAUUAUGAUGCUGGCGAUGCAGGGACAGUUGGCGACGACGAUUCGCACAGCCUGGAAGCCGUUGCUGACGGAAGCAUGGAAGAGGAGGAGGAAGAAGACGACGAGGACGAUGAAGACUACCGAGGUCGACCUGGCGAUCAGCAGCGUGGCCUGCUGACCGACAUCCCUCUUGUUCUAGGGCCCGCGGAAAUUGAAGCUCUUCCCAUGAUCAUUCAGGCCGGUAUUGUGGACAGCUUCGGACUCAAGGGUGGCGAGCGCACAGGUUCGAGAAACAUGCAAGCUCUCAGAUGCCACAUCCUUCUCACCCAGGAAACUGGUCGAAAUCUGUUGCGGGAGUUAUUGAUCUUCAUUGCCGCCUGGGACCUCCCUGAUGAUGAGCUAUAUUUCAAGAUGAUGGUACAGAUUAUGGAUGCAGUUCUGAAGAACGGGCUGAUGUCUCACGCCUACUCUGACUUCGGGCAGCCAAAGGACAUCAUCUCUCCCGCUCAGGCCGUCGUGGUCAAGAUCUUGACGCACAUUUUCAGAGCAAAGUACUCUCCUGCCUCGGUUACAGGCGCAACCCAGCAGAGCGCCACGAAGAACCCGGCGCCUCUUUCUAGGGUUGAUAUCCUCACGGUCCGCUACAUAUUUACUAUCUUCCGUGGGAACAUCAUCCCCGAAACCUGCGCCUUAAUCUACCUUCAAGGACAGAUCAGGGCCGGACGUGCGCUGCCAGAAGAUUUCCCACUGAAUUUGUGGGACAUGGAACGAGUGUACGAGGGUGUCUACCAGUUUUUGGAGUUCUUUGCUGUGCUUACAGAAAAUAACGACUGGAAGAACCUGCUUGUCAAGUGGGAGAUUGUUUAUGAUCUGGUGACGCUGAUCAAGGAACUCGAAGCCAGUAUCCCCAAGGGCCAACUGAGUUCGCUGUCUCUUGGCCGUAACAGCCCUUCCAAAGAAGCCCAUCAGCAAGGCGCAGCGGCAGGACCUGUGGCUGUUGAGAGACCAUAUGACCCUGGUGACCCUGACCCGGCGGAAAACGGCGGUGGCAGCACCGGAUCCAGGGCCGAAUCGCCCCCUAUCACUGAGGAUCCCUCUGAAUUUGAGUGGAGAAAUCUCAAGAAACUCGUCGUGCUCGUUCUGUCGUCGCUGGUUUGGAAGUGUCCCGAGGUCCAGGAUCAGAUUCGCCGAUACGGCGGUGUCGAGACUAUCUUGUCUUGUACCAAUUUUGAUGCUCACAACCCUUACAUCAAGGAACACGCUGUUAUGUGUCUCAAGUUCCUGCUCGAAGGGAAUCGGGAAAAUCAGAAGCUGGUCGAAGCGCUCGAAGCUCGGGAGGUGGUCAGGGAUGAGAACGGGCUGUUGGAGAGAAGUGGCUUUGAGGCCGUGAUUGAUAAGACCGGCAAGCUGGCCAUUCGACCCAAAGAGGGCCAGCCUUCGGAGAAAAAGUAG